CACACACACAUACACAACCAGGAUGUUCAUUUCAGAGAAAACGAAAGUCAGAAACUCAACCCCUCUCUCUCUCUCUCUCUUUCAGCUUGUGAGUUCAGGAAAAUGACCGAGGCCAGUAUUUCAGUAGAUCAGGAUCAGUUCAGCUGUCCAGUUUGUCUGGAUCUACUGAAGGAUCCGGUGGCGAUCCCCUGUGGACACAGUUACUGUAAGGUGUGUAUUAAUGACUGCUGGGAUCAGGAGGAUCAGAAGGGUGUCUACAGCUGUUCUCAGUGCAGAGACACUUUCACUCCGAGGCCUGUUCUACGCAGAAACAACAUGCUGGCUGAAGUGGUGGAGAAACUGAAGAAAACUGAAGUCCAAGCUGCUUCUCCUGCUCACUGUUACGCUGGACCUGGAGAGUCCUAUCUGAAGUAUCUGUCCUAUAUGAUGGGGCCAAUCUUUAUAUUGUGUCUGGCCUAUUUCAUGUGUCCUGACUACUUCUGCAAAACUGAUCUUUUGCAAAACUAUGAACUGCCUGUAUUGGAAGAGGGGAAGACAGAAAAAGCUUCUGGAAAGAUCUGCUCUGAGCAUAAUAAAGUGCUAGAGAUCUACUGUCGUACUGACCAAAGCUUCAUCUGUUAUCUGUGUACGAUGGAUAAACACAAAGGUCAUGAAACUGUUCCUGUUGUAUCAGAAAGAGCAGAAAAACAGAGAGAGUUAAAGGAGGAGCAGAUGAAAUCCCAGCAGAGAAUCCAGGAGAAGCAGAAGAUGGUGCCGUUGCUGAAACAGGCUGUGAACACUAUGAAGCUCAGUGCACAGACAGCAGUGGAGGACAGUGAGAGGAUCUUUACUGAGAUGAUCAGCUCCAUGGAGAAAAGGCGCUCGGAGGUGACUGCGCUGAUCAGAGCUCAGGAUAAGGCUGAACUGAGUCGAGCUGAACGACUCCUGGAGCAACUGGAGCAGGAGAUCGCUGAUCUUCAGAGGAGAGUCACUGAACUGGAGGAGCUUGCACACACAGAUGAUCAUCUCCACUUCCUCCAGAGUUUCCAGCCUCUCCAUGUCUCUUCUGGACAUGAGGACUCACGCAGCAUCACUGUCAAUCAACAUCUCUCAUUUGAUGGAGUGAGGAAAUCUCUCUCUGCUCUGAAAAAGAGACUCGAGGAAUUCUGCCAGGAGGAAUUCAUCAGAAUCCCUGAACAAGCUGCAGCAGUUCAGAUCAUUUUACCCCCAGAACCAAAGAGCAGACAAGAUUUUCUGCAGUAUUUCUGUGAUCUGACUCUGGAUCCCAACACAGUACAUUAUUACCUCAUUCUGUCUGAGAAGAACCGAGUGGUGAAGUACAGUAAGAGAAAGCAGCAGUACUCUGAUCAUCCAGAGAGAUUUGACUCCUACCCUCAGGUGUUAAGUAAGAAGAGUGUGUGUGGACGCUGUUACUGGGAGGUGGAGUGGAGCGUUGCUGUGUACAUAUCAGUCUCAUAUAAAGACAUCAGCAAGAAAGGACCGGGUAAUGAGUGUGGGUUUGGACGCAACAAUCAGUCCUGGAGUCUGCGGUGUUCUUCUUUUUCUUCUCUCUUUUUCUAUCACAACAACAUUAACACUGAUCUCAGAGUUCCAUCGUCCUCCAGAAUAGGAGUGUAUGUGGAUUACAGUGCAGGAACUCUGUCCUUCUACAGUGUCUCUGACACGAUGAAGCUCCUCCACAGAGUCCACACCACAUUCACUCAGCCUCUAUACGCUGGGUUCAGGCUUGGCUUUUAUGGAUCAACUGUGAGAUUAAAUAAAAUCUUACUAAUGUGAUGUUUAAUAAAACGAGUAAAUAUAACAGAUUUCCUUUUUGUAUCAAGUUUACUCAAAUAAAGAUGUAAUAUGA